AUGUUCUUGUCACCAGGUUUGGAGUUAUGUGUUGGUGAUGAACUGCCGGACAAGGUGUGCGCUGAAUGUGUGCAUCAGGUAAAUGUAAGCUACAACUUCAAGUUGCAAUGUGAAAUGAGUGAUGUAAGACUUCGACAGAUGCUGUUAAGACCGGGGGACGAUCCUCUGCCUAGCAAAGGAGAAGCAUUUGAGAUUGACAAAGUGAAGGUGGAAGUUGAUGAGGUGGAAAUAACUAUCAAAGAACAUGGCAUUACUCCGGACGCCAGUGAUGACAGUCAGUGGCUGGAUGCUGAAUGUACAGAACAAAAUCCUAAUGAUCAUGACAAAAUCAAAAACACUGAUCAUGAAGGAACAUCUAUACACAGUGUCAUAAAUGUAUCACAGCCACAGAAGAAGUUUGUGUGUGAUGUUUGUGGUAAAAUGUUUUACUUGAAGAGUGCUCUCAAGCGACACAUGGUAACACAUAGUCAAGAAAGGCCGUACUCUUGCAAUGUGUGUGGGAAGAGUUUUAAUCUUAAACAGAGCAUGAAAAUUCAUUGCAAAAUACAUUCUGCAGAGAAGCCAUACUCCUGUGAAGAUUGUGGGGCUUGUUUUUCACAGAGCAGUGGUCUUUAUAGUCACACGAAAACACACAGUGUGGAGAGACCGUAUGCCUGUGUGGAUUGUGGCAAGAAAUUUGUCAGAUUAGCACAUCUUCAGGCACAUCUGGUGUGCCAUACAGGGGAAAAGGCAUUUAACUGCACUCUGUGUCCUAAAACAUUUGGACGUGCUGACAGUUUAAAAGAACACCUGGCAAUUCAUGCAGGUGAGAAACCUUUUCUCUGUACAACUUGUGGCAAGAGAUUUUCAAAGAAUCACAAACUGAAGACUCAUAUUUAUACGCAUUCACAGAACAAACCACAUGUGUGCACUGAAUGUGGUAAAACUUUUGCUAGGAGAGAUCGGCUGAAAGAUCAUCUUACCGUGCACUCUGGAAAGCGUCGAUUUGUUUGUCAAGAAUGUGGCAAAGGUUUUGUGAGAAAAGAACAUCUUAACUAUCACUUAAAUUUACAUGGCAAACAUAAAUUAAAUUAGUGACUUAAGAAUCUUCUCCAUUAACCUAUAGGGCUAGCAGAAGUUUUUUUGAUUAUACAAAUGAUGGAGAAUUUUCACAUUUACAGAAGGCUGUGGUUUAGUUUCUACUGUUUUUUGAUUUUCCUUAAAUGGUACAGUUUAAUGGAUUAUUAUUUAUGCAGCAAAUAUACAAGAUUUCAAUAGAUGGUAUGUAAUGAUGUCUUACCUUCUGAUUAGGAGAAUUAAAGUCAUUCAGUUGUACGUGGACUUUCUGUUGAUUACUCUUAAGUGGUUGUAGAUAAUAUUAAUAAAACUACAGGGAAUUUAAUUUCCUCUGUCAAGAAACUGUAAAUAAGGAGGUGGGAUGCUCAGAUCUGUCACAAGAAAACAGAUGCAGAUCUCAAAAGCUUUUCCAAAGAUGUAUAAAACCUGCAAAAUGGUAUUUAGGCCAGUUUCUUAUGUGGGUCGUCCCACGCUGUAGCCACGCGGUCUGAGGCAUCAUGCUUCGGACCGGCGAUACGGAAUGCGCGCUGGUUCAGGUCUCAGGGGAGAAGAAGUUUUCUCAUGAGCUUUCGACCAGUGUAUGGGACCGGUGCCAACCCAGCAUCGUGAGGAAAUUGGGGAGCUACAAUGAGUAGCGUAAUCCGGUCAGGAAAGCUAGCAAUGGCUGGGGGUUCAUCGUGCUGACCACAUGUCAGCCUGUAUCUGGCUGGAUGAUCGUUCAUCUCUGCUUAGGCAUGUGAACGUGAGGCCAGCAGUCAAGCUAGUCGGCUUUGGCGCUCUGGAGCUGUUACGCCACUGAUUUAAUUUUUUAAUCUAUGACCAUUCCUUUGCACAUACUUUCAAACUCAGUCAUUAAUCAUCCUAUCACUCAGUUUGAUGUAGUCUUGAGUACUGAUGUCCUUAAAUAAAGCAAAAUAAGAAACUA